AGAAUGGAUAAAUGGUGUGAGCAGCCGCAGGAUAGCCGCACCCCACACAAAGAUUUUGGAUACGAUUAGUUCGAGUUUAUAUAGAAUUGUUGAAAUACUCGUCGUCGAAGAGGCGACUCAGUCCCCUGCAGAAACCAACCGCCACCGCACAUCGGAAGCUCCUCUCCACCUCCGCCGCCACCGCCACCGUCACCGUCGCCACGUUAUAUCUACGUCUCUAUUUUUUCAAUAGUCAUGACGGCCAAGAAGCGGCGGAGUGAAGCCGAUACAACUCUCGCCGGCCUUCACCAGCUUCUCCGUGACGUUUUCUUCCGUCGCCGCCGUUUCUACUACCAUAUCUUUCCGCUUAUCUCUGCACUUGCUGGUUGUGUUUUCGUCUGUUUUGUUGCUCUGUUUCUCCUCUUUUCCUCCCCUGUUGUUCAUCGUGAUCACCUUCACUUAACUCUCUUUCAUGGCAGAACCUCGAGAGACCAAGGCAUUGAGGAUGUAUCGAAUUCUGGUUUGGAAUUGAAAUCAUCCUUCGAUGUUUCGGAAAGUGGAAAGAGAUUUGAACGUGAUGUGUGGGUUACAGAUCAAUCCAGUUUCUUCUAUGGUUGUAGCAAUGCCAGCAACAAGUUCACACCUGCCGCUGAGAAAACUGAUCCUGAUAGAUACUUGUUGAUUACUACAAGUGGAGGCCUUAAUCAACAAAGAACUGGGAUAACAGAUGCUGUUGUUGCAGCUUAUAUUUUGAAUGCCACUUUAGUUGUUCCCAAGUUGGAUCAAAAUUCAUUUUGGAAGGAUAGCAGCAAUUUUGCAGAAAUUUUUGAUGUGGACUGGUUUAUUAAAUUUCUCUCAAAAGAUGUUCAAAUAGUAAAAAAUUUACCAACCAAAGUUGGGAAAACUUUGACUCCACAUAGCAUGCGUGUUCCGAGGAAGUGUGAUCCAGAAUGCUAUGAAACUCACGUUCUUCCUGUUCUAAAAAAGAAGCAUGCUGUUCGGCUUGGAAAAUUUGAUUAUAGGCUUUCAAAUAAGUUGACAACUGACUUACAGAAGUUAAGAUGCAGAGUUAACUAUCAUGCUUUAAAGUUUACUGAUGAGAUCAAUGAAAUGGGAAAAAUAUUGAUUGAGAGGAUGAGAAUGAAAAGCAAACAUUUUAUUGCCCUACAUUUGAGGUUUGAGCCUGACAUGCUUGCAUUUUCUGGAUGUUAUUAUGGUGGGGGAGAAGCUGAAAGGGAAGAACUUGGAGAAAUUCGAAAGAGAUGGAAAAGUUUACAUGCUAGCAAUCCAGAUAAGGAACGAAGGCAGGGAAGAUGCCCUCUCACUCCGGAAGAAGUCGCCCUCAUGCUUCGAGGCCUAGGCUUCGAAAGUGAUGUACACCUUUAUGUGGCAUCUGGUGAAGUAUAUGGAGGAGAGAAAACUCUAGCUCCACUCAAAGCGAUGUUUCCAAAUUUCCAUACUAAGGAGACUCUAGCCAGCCAGGAAGAGUUGGCACCAUUUUCUUCCUUUUCUUCUCGUAUGGCGGCUCUAGACUUCAUUGUUUGUGAUGAAAGCAAUGUAUUUGUCACAAACAACAAUGGCAACAUGGCAAAGAUCUUAGCAGGACGAAGGAGAUACUUUGGUCACAAACCAACGAUCCGACCAAACACAAAAAAGCUGUACCGACUCUUCGCAGACCAACACAACAUGACAUGGCAACAAUUUUCAUCCAAGGUCCAAUCUUAUCAGGUUGGGUUCAUGGGAGAGCCAAAUGAGGUGAAGCCGGGAAGAGGCGAGUUCCAUGAAAACCCAUCAGCCUGUAUUUGUGAGGAUUCAAACUCAAAUGGCGGAAGAAAACCAUCUCUUGUCAAUCAAAUUCAUCACAAUCAUACAGAUGUUAAGGAAAACAACAAUGGCUACAAAGAAACAAACAAUUUGAAAAAUGAACAAACAGCAACAGAAGAUGACCAAGAAUGGAGUGGGUUGGAAUUCUUAGAAAUUGGAGGUGAUGUGGGGGAGAAAAGAUUGGGCUCUCUCGCUGACUCUGAUCUUGGUGUUCAAGCCAAGCCUGAAGGACCAGAAUUAGAAGAGUUAUUUUCAGACUAAACAGAGGGUCAGUUCAAUCCAACUUUUGACCAAUUAUUUUUGGGUAAUUUUUUUGUUACCCAUAAAAAAUGCAUAAACAUUUUUCGUAGUAGUAGUAGGAGUAGGAACUUUGCAUUCUGUACAUAACAGUGGUGGGAAAGGUUACAAGUUGGCAUUGGUUUUGAAAUUUGUACAGUAACAUUUAGAUAGGAUUAUAAGGCACAAGCUACGUCUUUUUUUCUUCUUCUUUUUGAAUCUCAUUCAACGGUUAUUAGGAAGCAGCCGCUUGUUGAAUAAAUUGUUCAUAAAUGAUGAUAGUUUGAGGAUUUUUUUUUAAAAGAAAAACCAUUCUAGGCUCUUUGCAUUGUCAUUAUUGUUUUUCUGAACAUAUUUACUUCAUUUAUUUAUUUUAAUUGUUCUGGACGUAUGAGGGUUUUUUUUUUUCUCUAAAUUUAUUUUUCUUUUUAAGUUCAAU